AAAACUGCAUUUCCCAGAUCGCCAGGGAAGGCUCCAUUAAUGAGCAGCUGGCCGCGAGGAGCUCGCCUCUCAGUGUUUACGGAAGUGGCCGAGGCCUGAUUCUGCGAUCGAUUCUGCGGAGCUCUCUCCCAGCGCUCUGCGGCCGGCCCGGCCCGGCCCGGCCCGGCCUGGCUCGGCUCCGAGCCCCCAGGUUUCUGCCUAGGCCUAGCAUGGCAGGGGAAAAGGCUGGGAUCAGUUCGGUGCGACGCCGUGGGAUGACAGCCCUCCGAUUUAUUCGUGGGCACUGGAAGAGGAGACUUAUUUUAGUCCAAGUCCCAACUCAGGAGGUGGACGAAGGAGAGGGGGAUCUCCGCUGAAAGGCAUCUUACCGGCGUCCCCUGACACUACCUCCCCUCUGGUUUGUACCAGCUGUGGAUGAUUCCCCACCCCUAGCUGGGGCACCAGGGCCAUGGCUUCUAUCAAUGACCUGCCUGAGAAUGUCCUCCUGGAGUUGUUCUCCCUGGUGCCAGCCUGGAAGUUGCUGAGGCACUGCCGGCCAGUCUGCAGCCUCUGGAGGGAUGUCAUCGACCAGGUGUCCCUGUGGAAACGCAAGUGCCUGCGAGAGGGCUUCAUCUCCGAGGACCGGGACCAGCCAGUAGCUGGCUGGAAGGUCUUCUACUUCCUCUGCAGCCUCCACAGGAACCUGAUCCGCAACCCCUGUGGUGAAGAGGGGUUGAAAUUUUGGAAAAUUGACCAGAAUGGAGGAGAUUAUUGGAAAGUAGAAGAGACACCUGGAGCCCACGGGAAAGAGUUCCCAGACCCCCGAGUCAAGAAAUACUUUGUUACAUCCUAUGAUGAUUGUCUCAAGUCUCAGAUUGUGGACCUGAAAGCUGAGGGCUAUUGGAAAGAACUGAUGGACACAGUGAGGCCAGACAUUGUGAUCAAGGACUGGUUUGCUGCCAGAUAUGACUGCGGCUGCCGCUACCAGAUCUGUGUGCAGUUGCUAUCAGCCGACUUCAUUGUUCUGGAUAAGUUUGAGCCCCCACCAGUGGAGAUUGAACAAUGGAGUGACUGUGAGUGGAGAGAGGUCUCCCACACAUUCUCCAACUACUCCCGAGGGGUCCGUCACAUCCGCUUCCAGCAUGGCGGCAGGGACACUCAGUUCUGGGCUGGGUGGUAUGGCUGCCGAGUCACCAACAGCAGCAUCACCAUUGGUCCCGAGGUCACCAGGAAAGCCACUCAUGCAGAAGCAACAGCCAGAUGUAGUAACUAGAUCCGGACCCAGAUGGAACCAGUGGUUUCAGCAUCUUCCUAUUUUUUGCAGCUUUUGGGUUUCAAUAAACACUUUCCAUACA